AUGUCGCCUCCUGCUUCCUCUUCCUCUUCUUCUCCUUCAUCCUCCUCCUUCGCUACCUCCGCCCGUAACCGUCUCGCCUCGCUCUCUUCGCACAUCAUGGGUUCGAGCAGCCCCUCCGUUUUUUCCACCUCCGUCGUGUCCGCCGCCCCCGAGGAUCCGCUCUUUGGGCUGGCGCAAGCGUUUCGCCAGGAUCCCGACGAUAAGAAGGUGGAUCUGGUCAUCGGCGCCUAUCGCGAUGACCACGCCAAGCCUUGGAUUCUGCCCGUCGUCAAGAAGGCCGAUGAGUUGAUUCGCACCGAGGGCUACGACAACGAGUACCUUUCAAUCAAGGGUCUGCCCGGAUUCACCUCCGCCGCCCAGAAAGUCAUCAUUGGACCCGACAGUCCGGCAAUCCGCGAAAACCGGGUUUCCACCCUCCAAACCAUCUCCGGCACCGGUGCCGUGCAUCUCGGCGCCCUCUUCCUCCAAAAAUUCCACCCCGCAAACCCUAAACCCCGGAUUUACCUCUCCUCGCCCACCUGGGCCAAUCACCAUCAGAUCUUUACCAAUGUCGGCCUCACCCUCGCCGACUACCCCUACUUCGACAAGAAGACCAAGGGCCUGGAUUUCGCCGGCAUGACCAGUGCUCUGCGCUCCGCGCCCUCGGGCUCCGUCAUCCUGCUACACGCCUGCGCCCACAACCCCACCGGCGUCGACCUCACCCAGGACCAGUGGAAGGAGGUGGCCACGAUCAUGCGCCAAGGGAACCUGUUCCCCUUCUUCGACUGCGCCUACCAGGGCUUCGCCUCGGGCGACCUGAACCGCGACGCCUGGGCCGUGCGCUACUUCAUCGAGCAGGGCUUCGAGCUGGUGAUCGCGCAGUCCUUCGCCAAGAACUUCGGUCUCUACGGCCAGCGCACCGGCGCCUUCCACUUCGUGUCGGCCCCCGGCGCGGAGGCUGAGCAGGCCAAUGCCAACGUCGCCAGCCAGCUGGCCAUCCUGCAGCGGUCCGAGAUCUCCAACCCCCCGGCCUACGGUGCCCGUAUCGCCAGCCGCGUGCUGAACGACCCGGCCCUGUUCGCUGAGUGGGAGGCCGAUCUGCGCACGAUGAGCGGUCGCAUAGCCGAGAUGCGGUCGGGUCUGCGUCAGCGACUAGAGAGCAAGGGCACCCCGGGCACGUGGGCCCAUAUCACGGAUCAGAUCGGCAUGUUCAGUUUCACGGGGUUGUCCGAGUCGCAGGUGAAGCUGUUGCGUGAGAAGUGGCAUGUAUACAUGACGAAGAACGGUCGUAUCUCCAUGGCCGGCCUCAACACGCACAACCUAGAUUACUUUGCCGAGGCAGUAGAUAGCGUUGUGCGUGAGUCGUCGUAG